AUGUCCUGCUGGUUCGGAACAGGCAAACUGACACCAAAGAAGACUAUCAGGCUGAUCCUUCGAUCCUCCGCCGAGAUGAGCUCCAAUCUACAGAACAAUACCCAGGCAAAUCAGGAGGCGGCACUCCAAAAUCUCGAAGGAACCGACAGCAAACCGAAAACUAUUAAACCUGAGGAUCGCGCUGCCUUGAAUGAAGCGUUGACGGACCAAGCCACCAUGAUGCUGCUAUCAACGGCCGGACGCUCAUCGCAGCAAGAACGUGAGCGAAAGAGAGCAGAUGCGGAGGCUCGAUCAAGAGCAAACGGGGGAUUGUGA